AUGCCUGGCGCAACGACAAUUUCAACUCCAUCGGCCUUCACCCCUAUCUUUUCAAGUCUGCCUAACAGUGCGGCCAAGAAGAAGAAACGCCAUGCUAUCCGAGGUGCUGCUUCUCCUCUAACCUUGAAGAGCAAGCGAGUGCCCAAGACGUCGCUCAAAACGCCACCCAAGACGUACCCCAAACAAGUGAAUUGUCUGACUACUGUGACAUCCUGGGUACGCUCAACAGUCAUUCGUACGGCUACAAAGGCUCACUUCGUCACGCGAGACCCGAUAACAACAACGAUAUCAACUACCAAAACGUUGACUUCAAGCUCUUGGCUCAGCACUCCUGAUGCCUUGUCAACUUCGUGGACUACCAGUACAAUUCCAUCAACAUAUGUCACUACAUCCACAACUACGACUUGGAGCACCUCUACCAACACUGUCGUCGUUCCGACUUACACGGCGACUGUCUAUGCCCAGUGUGUCAACACCAAUGGCAAUGGCGUUCCGAAUAACAUAGCCGGCAGUGUCAACACUUUCGGUGUCCAAGCAGCCUUGGUGCCCUAUGCUCAGGGAUACUACCAAGCUUUUAGUGGUUCCGCUGCUACUGCACAGGAUUGCUGUAAUGCGUGUGCUGCACUACCACUUUGCGCUAUGUCAGAGUUCGAUAUCAGAAGCCAGGCCGGGCGGAAAUGCCUACUCAUUGUAUCGACCCAUGCUACCUGCGCCUUCGGCGAUUAUACUGGCCAGGCUACCCUGACCGUAUCCGGUCAAACAAUUGCAGCGGAUACGGGGAUGUUUCUGAUUAAUGGAAAUUCUUCUACAUAA